AUGGGAUAUUGCCAUCGCAAGCACUGUGAUUCUGCCGCAAAGUGCGAUCAUCAUAUUCAAGUCCAUAACCAAGUUACUGGCUUGAUAGGCCAUCAAGGCGAGAGAGAGUUCAUUGACUUGGGCACACUUGCUUCACGAAGGACUCUCGGAUUGUACAUCAGGAGGAUGUCUUAUGCAUGUAUUGCGUUAAUUUUCUUGUCCAAUACCCAGAUGAUCAGGGUAGGCUACACCUUCCACUCAGCCCUUGCCACAGUGGUCCAGCCAUUCAAACCCUCUCGCCCUCAAACUCUCCACCACCAACCCCACCUCCUCAAGCCAGAACCAUCUGGCGUGCUGCAUUCACCUCAAGGAAAGGAGAGCCGCUCAGGUUGCAACACUGAAGAGAGAAGUUACACUACAAUCUUUGCUAGCCAUUACAACUCUUCCAAAACCUCUCCCCUCGACCUCUCUAUCAACCACCACCUCCUUAAGCCUUAUCUGACAGGACGAUUCAUCCAAACCCCCUCUUUCUCGACCUCUCUACCACCUACUCGGCCUCCUCAACCACAACAUCCUGGGGUACAAUCGGCACAUCAUGUUCACACCCCUCAAAAUACCCAAAUCUCCUCUUACCCCCUCUCCUCUUCGCUCUCGAUCCAUUACCCUCUCCCCAACCAGCUUCUUGUCCGCCAACAAUCUGCCAGAUCACAGGCUAUCCUCCCAUUCUACGGUGGGGUUGGUGCGACCGAUUGCAGCGAGGUCGACAUGCCAUUCUGUCACGAAGGCAUAACUCUUACACAGCGUGCCAGCACCCGUGAACAAGAAACCACUGGCUAUGGUGGCACCGGCCUUGGUGACCCGGACACUUGCCGCUGUGGUUGCUUGUUAAGUUCCACUAGUUUUGUUUUGAGUAGUCGGGGUACACUAAGACAUCAGAUUGACCUGAUCGAAACUACAAUGCAAUGUCAAGAUGGAGACAGUGAACACUAUCUCUUCGCCAAAUGUGAGUGCCUCAUACGAGUUACGAUGUGCCAUGAAGAUCCCUCUGGUUGUAGCUGUCGAUUCAUUAUCAAGGACGAGGCUGGCCGAUAG